GGCGCAGGAGAAGAGCCCGCCACCUCGGUAGUGAGGAGUCGAGCUAGGCCGGGCCAGUGCAGUCCAGUCCACAGGCAACCGGGCCAAACUUGCAAGAAGCACCGCUCCUCAGAGCCAGGAACACCGCGUGGCGUCACCCUUUCUGCAUUCCGAACAGCGAAUAGGGCGGGAAGCCGAGGAGCCGACGGACAACCUGUGAUUGAAUCUCCAUGUUUGCUUUCGGCUUGAAUAAUGAAGAAUUUUGAUUCUAUUUGAAUUAGUUUAGAGAAAGUGAUUUUGCAUGCAAGAUGCUUGAAUUUGAAGAGGAUUGUUUGCUCCCCUUGGAUUCUUUGUUUUUUGAAAAACCUUCACCAAGAAACAAGAAACUUGUCUAUAAGGAAACAUCAAGUUGGCAGAUAGCCCCACCACCACCAAUUUCCGAAUUACCAGCUGCUCAGGAAUUGCAGGAAGAGCUAGAAAGACUAAGAUCAUCAGGCAUAAAGCAUUCAAAGAAAUUUGUACCACCUAUAAAGAAGAAGACUGAAAAUGAUUCCCAGUCACAGCCGGUUUUUGAUUCCCAAUAUAUGCAUACCCCAAUCAAACGUAAAACAUUUGAAAUAGGGUUAAAUAACUCCCUUAAAGAUCAAUCUCAGUUUAGAUUCAGAAGUGACAAUUCUAUUCCUUCAACAGUCCUGUUAAAUGACAACAGUAAAGGUCACAGCAGACAUCAGAAUGAAGAGACAUUUGAUCAUUUGAAUUGUCUUAGUACUUCAUAUCAUAACCCUGAGAAGAAAGAUGAAAGUGAUAACUCUUUGUUCAGAAAAAGAUUAUUUAAAAUGCCAUCGCCAAACAACGCAGCAAAUAAUCCAACAAUUGGAAACUGUCCAGCAUUUCUUGAAAAGUCCCUUUUACGUGAUGAAAGACAUGAACUUAGAACUUUUACAGAAAAUCACAAUGAGUUUGAUAUAACAGACUACAUCAGACCAAUACAGCAGAAUGCUACUCAGUAUGUGUUAAAAGCACAUGUACCCCCAAUGAUGCCACUGUCACUUAAUGUAAAAGGUAAAAUAUAUAAACUUCUUUACAGUGAAAAGAAUUUUGUGAUAUGCUCCCCAACUGGUUCUGGAAAAACUGUGAUAUUUGAACUAGCCAUCGUCAGAAUAUUGAUGGAAGUUACAAAACCGUGGUCCAAUAUAAAAAUUGUAUACAUGGCUCCCAUCAAAGCUUUGUGUAACCAGCGAUAUGAAGAUUGGAAAGAAAAAUUUGGACCGAUUGGACUGAUGUGCAAAGAGCUCACUGGAGAUACAGAAAUGGACGAUUAUUUUGAGAUCCAAGAUGCACAUAUAAUCAUAACUACUCCUGAAAAAUGGGACACUAUGACGAGAAAGUGGAGAGAUAAUUCAUUAGUACAGCUGGUGCGGCUUUUCCUAAUCGAUGAGGCUCAUGUUGUGAAAGAUGAAAGUCGUGGUGCAACCCUUGAAGUAGUUGUCAGCAGAAUGAAAACAGUUCAGUUAGCUGUCCUGCGUUCAUCUAAUCAGCCUGCAGAUAAAGCACUGAGAUUUGUUGCAGUUUCUGCAACGAUUCCAAAUGUUGAAGAUAUUGCAGAAUGGUUAUCAGAUGGAAAGGGACCAGGAAUUUCCAUGAAGAUAGAUGAAAGUCAUCGACCUGUAAAGCUUCGCAAAGUUGUACUUGGAUUUCCUUGCUCGAAUACUCAAUCUGAAUUCAAAUUUGACCUAUGCCUUAAUUACAGAACAGCUAGUGUCAUCCAGACAUACUCUGAACAGAAACCUACUCUUGUGUUCUGUGCUACAAGGAAAGGUGUACAGCAGUCUGCAUCCAUACUUGCAAAAGAUGCCAAAUUCAUUAUGACCAUGGAACAUAAGCAAAGACUGCAAAAAUACACAAACUCAAUUAAGGAUGCAAAGCUCAGAGAUCUAUUAACAUAUGGAGUUGGUUAUCAUCAUGCUGGCAUGGAUUUAUCUGAUCGGAAAGCUACUGAAGCUGCCUUUACAGCAGGAGAUUUACCAGUACUUUUUACUACCAGCACUUUAGCCAUGGGAGUUAACUUGCCAGCCCACUUAGUGGUCAUUAAAUCAACAAUGCAUUACGCAGGAGGAAUGUUUCAAGAAUACUGUGAAACUGAUAUACUUCAAAUGAUGGGCCGAGCUGGCCGACCUCAGUUUGAUACCACAGCCACGGUAGUCAUAAUGACAAGGAAUCAAACAAAGGAUAAGUACACACAGAUGUUAAAUGGAGCAUAUACCAUUGAAAGCAGUUUACACAAGCACCUUGUUGAACAUUUGAAUGCAGAGAUAAUACUAAAUACCAUCACUGAUGUCAAUGUUGCUUUGGAGUGGAUACGAUCAACAUUUCUUUACAUUAGAGCUCUUAAAAAUCCAAAUCAUUACGGUUUUGCUGCUGGUCUUGACAAAAGUGGAAUUGAAGCAAAGUUGCAAGAACUGUGCCUGAAGAAUUUGCAGGCAUUGGCUUCCAUUGGUUUGUUAAGAAUGGAUGAAGAAAUCAAUUUCAAACCUACAGAAACGGGGAAAUUAAUGGCCCGCUAUUCCAUUGCAUUUGAAACAAUGAAACUCUUCUUCUUGGUCAAUGGAAAUGAAAAUCUUACUGAACUGGUCACAAUAAUCUCCAGAUGCAAGGAAUUUGCAGAUAUUCAACUAAGGGUCAAUGAGAAGAAAGUUCUUAAUACUCUGAACAAAGACAAAAACAGAGUCACCAUCAGGUUUCCUAUAGAAGGAAAGAUUAAAACAAAUGAAAUGAAAGUUUACUGUCUAAUACAAGCCCAGUUAGGUUGUAUUCCCAUUCAAGAAUUUGCAUUAACUCAAGACACGGCCAAGAUAUUUAAAUGUGGCGUAAGAGUCACCAAAUGCCUUUCAGAAUUACUUAUGCAACAAGACAAGAAGAACUUUUCAACAUUGUUGAAUUCACUGAUCUUAGCCAAAUGUUUUAGGGCUAAACUUUGGGAGAACUCCUCGUAUAUAUCAAGACAACUUGAAAAAAUCGGUCCUACUUUGUCCUGUGCCAUGGUAAAUGCAGGCCUCUCUACAUUUCAGAAGAUAGAAGAUACAAAUUCAAGAGAGUUAGAAUUGAUUGUGAACAGACACCCUCCAUUUGGAAAUCAGAUAAAAGAAUCUAUUACUCACCUCCCAAAGUACGAACUCAGUGUUGAACAGCUUGCAAAAUACCACGCUGGAGUGGCAGAAAUCAUUGUGACAAUUACCUUAACAAAUUAUGAGCAACUGCUGAAAAAGAGAACAGCAUCUGACAAUCACCAUACAUCUCUGAUCAUAGGAGAUGCAGACAACCAAGUUAUUUACAAACAAAAAAUCACGGAUUCAGCUCUACUUAAAACUGGAAGUUGGUCAAAGAAAAUUGAAGUUAAACGACCUCUCAAAAGUGAAGAACUGAGUGUCAAUCUUAUCAGUUCAGACUACGUUGGAUUGGAUAUUCAGCAAAAGUAUACCGUCUUUUACUCAGGACCAAAGAGGUUUGGAACACAUAUUAUUAAUGGAAAAUCUGAUGUACAAAACACACCAUUAACAAAACGGAAUAGCACAGAUAAUUCAUUAACAAGUUCCUCUCUUGGCACAAUUAAAGGAUGCACCAAAGAAAGCAACAACACUGGACCUCCAAGAAGACUCUGUAAUCAUUACUGCAAGAAUAAAGACAAAUGUGGUCAUGAAUGUUGUAAAUUUGGUGUACCGGUUGUACAGAGUGGUAUUACACCACAAACAACAACAAAACUUUCUUCCUAUCUCAGUGACCUUAAAAAUAGAAGUGAUACUUCCUCAGCCCCAUCAGUCAAACGACUAAAGGUCGAGAUGCGAAAUGACUUGGGGUCAGUAAAUCUUCAACAGUUUGCUUACUUGCCCAAACCUCCACUGACAACAUUACCAAGGUACUAUGAAACAAAACCUGCUCCGACCGCUCAAGAACACAACUGGGAUCAAUUAGACAUCUGUAUAAGUAAUUGUCAACAACAGCAUACAGAUGAUGAUGAAGGCAAAUAUUCUUUGACAUCAUCAAAACCCAGUUCAGCUGCGAUUCUGCCACAGCAAAAUAUGUUGAGGGCUUUUAAUUGUGACUCCACUGAUGCAAACGAAAGUGGUUACUGGUCAGCAGAAGGCAUAAAUGUGACUUUUGACCUCGGAGAUGAUUUAUGGGGUGACUUUGAUGAUGAGAAACUGGUGCAAGCAAGCAAUGUAGUCAUUUCAGAGAAAACCAGCAUUAAUUAUCAAAAAGAUUCGCCUUUUAGUAUGUACCAAAAAAUUUCAGAAUACAAUCAACAGAGUACAAUGCCUGAACGUCCAUUCAAAAAGUUCCAGUACCAAACUAUAAGCAGUAAAGGCAAUUGGCAUGGGAACCUGCCAACAAUGGAACAGACCUAUUCUUUACCAGUUAACUCAACAGUUCACGGAACAUCCAAAAUUCUUGGAACUAUUCAUCACACAACUCAAGGUGCAAAGGAAGAAUUGAGUUCUGCACCUUUCGAUGUAGAUGCACUGAAGUAUCCUAAAAGUCGAAGCCCUUCGGGCUGCUACCAACAAUUGGCUACACCUACUGCAAGAGAUCCCAGAUAUUCUUCUGAAGAAGAGUACGAUACUCUGGUCAGCAUUUUUGAUGGAAUAUUUUAGGACAGCACCUAUAACUCCUGGUAUUCUAAAUAUGUUUUCAUUAUACCAAUGAUAUCAUUAUACCAUUAUACCAAAGCUUACAAUUUGCUAAUUGCUUAACUAGAACACAAUUUCAAAUUGGUAAAUUAAAAAAUAUAUAUAUUCCUUGUUUUUGUUGUCAGUUUUUAUAUCGAAUUUGAUAUUUUAUUCAGUCUAGAGAUCAAAUCAUUUUAAGUAUUAUAUUUAUGAGCUGAAAAGACAGAUAAUGUAAGGUACGAGUUAACACAUUUAAAUUGUGCACCUGAACACAUUCUUUAUUAUUGUAGCAGAGGUGUCAAUCUAUUUAGUUUUGAUGGAUUGGUAUUUCUAGUUAAAAACAGGGAUUUUCGGAUGAAAAUCUUUUUUGUUCCUAAGUUUCUUAAAGUUUGUUGUCAAACCAUGGGAAUACACUCCUUUAUUAUUAAAUAAUUACUGUUAUUUUUGUGAAGGAUAUUUGACACAUGCGAUUUCUCAACACUCUUAAUUGAAUGUAAAGUAUAAAAUAUUUCCUUUAAUUUUCAAAACUUAGUGACAGUUAAUUUAUGCCAGCUGUGGAAGUAUUCCAACUGCUGUUGGGAACCGAUGGACCCGGCUACUUUUAUGCAACACUUAGACUGACUGGUUGAAAAGUAACCUGCAGGUACCUGGGAGCACAAGAACUGCAUCUACCCUACUGGAAAAAAUGUGCUUAAAAAUGAAUGCACAUUUUGUGUGUUUAAACAUCAAAAUUAUUACAUAAAUGCUGACUCAUGUAAACUAAUUUAAUGAUUUAAUGAUUAUAGUUUCUUGUUCAUGUCACCUUAUUGUAUUGAUAUUUGUUCAAAUUGAAUGUUUAACUACAGAUAAGAUUAUUGGAUAAAUAAAGUUCCUUCAA